UUGGCGACGCGAGAUCGCGUUGGAUAGACGUGUGUACCCGUGUCGAUUGAGUGACGUUUUAAAUUGUGUUAGCGUUCGCGUACGCGCCGCAUUCCAUCGUGGGGGCCCUUCACCGCCAUUGGUCGAUCCCGCGUGACGUCACCCCCUCAUAAUGAGGUAUUCAACAUGGCCGUGUAGCUAGUUCGCGAGUGUGCUUCGUUAUUCGUUUGAAUGGAUUUAAUCAGUGAAAUAUGCCAAGGAGACGUAACGGUGAGAUACCCUUACCCGACGGAUGGGAUUAUGCGAGGGACUUUGACGGCAAACUGUACUUUAUCGAUCACAACAGCAGAAAAACUACGUGGAUUGACCCGCGAGACAGAUACACUAAACCACAAACAUUCGCGGAUUGUAUCGGCAAUGAACUGCCACUUGGCUGGGAAGAGGAAUAUGAUCCUCAAAUUGGGCCUUAUUACAUCAAUCAUGUCAAUCAGGUGACGCAGUUAGAAGACCCUCGGUUAGAAUGGCUGAGCAUACAAGAGGCGAUGCUGAGGGAUUACCUCCACACGGCCCAAGAAGCCUUAGAGGCGAAACGGGAGAUGUACGAUGUGAAGAAGCAGAGGUUGUGUCUUGCGCAGGACGAGUACAAACAUCUCACUAACGCCCUGUCCACUUUAGCAGCCUCCAGAACCAGCUUGUGCUCAUCAACGACAUCGGUAACCACCACAUCUACCACUUCUCGCCAUGAUCCUGAUCAGCUACGCGUGGAGGUGACCCAAGCUAGAGGCAGGGUGGCCCAGCUCAGGAAGGAGCUUCGGCAGGCCAGGGCUGAGUUUGCCAGCGCCAGGCGGGGAGUUGAUACUCUUGCUGAAGUGGAGCAGAAAUUAAGCGCCCAACAAGGCUGCUAUAACAUAACCGAAGCACAAGCAAUUAUGACCGAAUUAAAGAAUAUCCAAAAAUCUCUGACGUCUGGAGAAAAAGAAAGAGCAGACCUUAUGCAAUCAUUAGCCAAGCUAAAAGACGAUCUUACGAGACUGCAACUCGGGGAAGCGUCACCAGAUUUAUCUACGUUAAGCAUACCCCAAGAGAAACUUAGCACUGCCUCGCAGACGGACCUGUGCGCAGACUUAGUCCCAAUUGGUACUAGACUGGCAGAAAUGGCUCGCGUUCGACUCCAAUACGACGAAGCCAGGAAAAGGAUCCAGCAGAUUCAACAGCAACUUGCAGAUCUAGAAGACAAAGUUCAACCUGGUCAGGCUGAGUCAGAUAAAGACAGAUUACUCCUCUUCCAAGAAAAGGAACAGUUACUACGCGAGUUACGCAGUAUUACUCCAAGAACAAGAUCGAAGCAAGAGAUGAGUGACAUCCAAACGGAGUGUAAAAAACUCGAGCAAGACUUGAAAAAUGCCUUCGAAAUGUCCAAUAAAUGUAUAGCAGAUAGGUUAAGGCUACACGAGGAGAAGCAAUUGCUUCUGCAGCAGUUAAAAGAUGCACUGACGUCAAUGACAACGUUGGAAGGGCAGUUGAAGACUUUGUCAGCCUCCACGUUGUCUGUUUCGAGUAGUUCAAGUCUGGGAUCGCUUUCAACCGCCAGUAGCAAGGGUUCCUUGAGUUCUGGGAUAAGUUUUACAGAUAUCUAUGGCGGUCCGCAGAUAGCGAGUACGUUUCAGAAUGAUAAGCCUAUUGAUAUGGUGGAUCUUCAUAGAAGAGUCGAGCGGUUACUCCGUGGUACGAGUUACUACGACAGUGCUACUCCUGGUACCAGCAGCUCACCUUCCCAACCCUCACUGUCUCCCAGAAGCAGUUUAUCAUCGGCCAGUCCACCGCCACCUUCAUACAACCAGGUGGAGAGACAGAGAAGACAACAGAGGGAGUUAGAAGAAAAGUUAGCUGAAAUGAGAAUUGGUGUCGCCGGACUCAGCGAGGUGACAGGACUGGCUAGCAUACCAGUGCAGGUUCAAGGACCAGGGCGGCCGUGUGAACCACUGUCCCCGAUAUCAGAGACUCCGACUAGACUUUCCCCCACUUGCUCUUCUACUGGAACCAAUAGUAGAUCAGUAUCAGCAGCGGUUAGUGACGAAUCUGUGGCCGGGGAUUCUGGUGUCUUCGAAGCAGCUCAAGCUGGCGAUUCCAAUAAUGCUGUGAACAGUGCCCAAAUUGAAAUCAAAUUGCGGUACUGUGCGGAUGAAAGCACCUUGGAAAUCGGGAUCAUACGCGCGCGGAACUUGCACGAGCUUUAUAUCGAUAAUGGCACCGAAGUGGCAGUACGCGGGGCGUUAGUUGUUGGCGGCGGAGGCGGUAUAGUACUGAACACGGUGGCCCUAGUGUGGAAGGGGACAACCCUAGUGUGGAGGAAAGAUCAUCGAGCCUCUAUAGGCCCGCGAGCUCUCAGGGCUGCCACAUUGCAACUUAAUUUGACCGCUGACGUCGAAUGCUUGGGCUGCACUCAAGUAAGUUUAGCUGAUUUCGACCCGGAGACCACUCUGCAGAAAUGGUACAACGUGCUCAGCUUCAGGAGUAUGAGGAGAGAUGAGAGUUCGGAUGAGUCUACCGUUAUAUCUUCACAAACCUCAACUCUUACUAGAAAUAGAGGUCCAGAAAGUAUGUUGGGAGAUUGCAACGCCGACUGCGGUGAUGAAUCCGGUUCUGAUGAUGAAGAGUCUCGAGAGCCACUCAACCAGAUAGUGGAAGAAGAUUCGUUCGACGACUACACACCGGAUGAGUUACAUCUGGAAGAGCAGUUCAUUCCUUCCACAGCGGAGAAGGAAACCAACACUGAUUGCAACUUCUGCCCAGAAGGUGCCAGCCAAUUAAGACGGAAAAGCCAACAAGUAACUCAACAAGAAGAGUCUUUAGCGACUAUAAAACGAUCUCAAACUUUCUCGCCGCAACCGCAAGGGAUCGGCAAAGGACAUUACAUUUGUAGACUAAAUCGUUCGGAGUCAGAUUCUUCGAUGUGUCACGCGCGAAGACCGCUGUAUCCGCCCGUUACCUCCGGGAUCCCCUUCGAUAGAACACUGCGUGAAAGGAGAUCUCUCCGAUGGGGCCGCGUCAAAAGUGCGUCUAUGGUCCGUCACUCGACGAAGCGGAGCGCCAGAACAUCCCUGGACCUGUCACUGGACCUCAAGGCACAUCACUCCAGACUUACAGACUUGAGGAACGAAAUAGCACAUCUUACACUGCUUAAGAAAAGGUUGGAGGAGGCUUGUGCCCGCGGUGACCCGACCGUCGCAGCUUGGGUUGCUGAAGAUGAGACCCUCAGGCGAUUGGUGGCACCCGAGACAGGAAACCAGCGUGUUUCCAAGCUAUUCCAGAAAACUUGCCGCGAGGUGUACCGGCUCAGGAAGUCACGCCAGGGCGGGAGGAAACCAGACCUUGUCACUUUCAAAGAAAAGAUGGCGUUCUUCACAAGAACGAAACCAUCUAUGUCUGCUUUGCCUGAUGAAGCUAAUUCCGAAGACGACUGGGAAGCAGACCUCGAGGAGAGAAGCACCCCAGAAGGAAGAUCCUCGAAAACCUCCUUUGAAAGAAACUUGGCUCAAAUCGUCGAAUGCAAAAACCCCUGCAUGCCAGAAGAAACCUUCCCAAAUAACGAAGAAGAAAACUUCAAGAACCCCUGCGAAGAAUUCGAGAAGCAGGAACUCAAGAUCAGCGAGGACGACGAAAUUAGGUACGAUUUUGUCGUUGACAAAUCACUGGGUGUUCAAGUUUAGCGCCAUUUUGGUAGUUUUUGGUAGAAUGCGUAUUAUUCUUUCAAAUGUGAUUAUGUUUGAAAUUCUGAACGUAUAGUUCGAUAUAUAUUCUGUAGUAGUCUAUUUAUAUUGACGUAAUUCAUUAGAAAAUAUUAAGACUAAGGCACCGUUGAUGUAUUCGUAAUAUACUGUGAUUAUUAUUGCCUUUUUGAGAUUUCUGGAUCUAAGACUGAAGUAAAAUUUUGUAAAAUAUUAAUUGGUAUUGAUUCUGAUUAUUAUACGUACGAGGUGCCAUAAGAGGGAGAAUGUUCAAAGUGUUAUAUAUACUUUACGAUAUAUGAAUUUGAAGAAGUGCUUAUAUAUGUAUCAAAUGGAGUAAGAAUUUAUUAAAAUAUAGUCUCGCUUUAUGAAAACAAGACUUAGGUUUUUAGAAAAUAAUGUCUCGGCGACUAAAGCUAUUUAUAAAUGCCUAAAUUAGAAAUACCCUCAAAUUUAAUAUACAUAAUGAAAUUUAAAUUGUAUUUGAUGUCCUUAACUAAAGUGAACUUUGUCGAUUUUCAAAUUUAUUUAGUUAGUACCUAAAAUGGUGUUUAGCGUAAUAAAGAUUAAGUAAAAAAUAAUAAUGAAGGGUAACUAUGAAACACUAUUUGGAUUUAUUUUCCUUAUAUUAUUUAUUAAGGACAUACAAGUCAAGAAAUAUAAAAAAGUCUACCAUAUCUUACGAGAUUUUUAUUUUGUUGUUGGCAACACUAUAAGCACUUCUACAUAACUCGUACAAACGUACAAAAUCGUGCCUUUUCGCUGCCUCGUUCGGCCUCUAGUGCCAUAAGGCAAUACGUACAAACCGGUGAGUCACAAAUGAAUGCCAAAAUGUAAUGUGGGUACGAUUGUACAUAGUAGACGCCCACCGUUAGUUGAGGUUAGUUAGACCACCGAGCAGCAUGGCCAAAUACGCUUUGUAUAUGCGUGACUUCAUGUAGGUGGGUGUUUGGAUACAUUUUGAGUAAUUUGGGAAUUCGUUGUAGGGGUAAAUUAGGGAUUUCAAAUUCCGAGAGUUUUGGUAAACACAAUCACCACACUAUUUACACUUUAGCAAUAUCAGAUGCCUACAGUAUUACAAAAUUCUACCAAUUUAGUAGUUUUUGACGCAUUAAAUAUGUUUCUCUGAUACAUUUCAAAUGUAUUAUAAAGGACGAAUUUUACAUUAUGAAGCUUUUGGAACAAACAAACAGAAAUAGCUAUUGCUAAUAUUGUGCUUCCGCUUAUGCAAACUUAUAGUAAUGCAAAGACAUUUUAUUUUAUUCUAUCUGGUAUAGGAAAUGUUAAAAAUGAGUUUUAUGUGCGAUAAAUUGAAUAAUAUAUAAUGAAUUUAUUUUACGAUAUUACAAUGUAAUUCAUAUUUUUACAAAAAAAAGCCCACUGAGUUUCUUCCGCCCGUUUUUCUCGGGUCUGAGGCAAUCUAUUUUGAAUGGGUGGUAGUUUCUUACGUUCAAAAAGUGAUUUUGAUCCUGUUUGGAAUGAAAAUAUUUGAAUCCCUAUUUAUCCAUUCGUAGGACAGUCAAGUUGCAGAAAAGUAUUAGAAUCCUGAGCUAACUACUUUUACUAUCCCCAUUUGAACCCCGAAUUAUAUAAAUGUAUUCCAAUACACGUUUAUUGAAUUUUAAAUUAUUCAUUCCUGAUUAUUUUAUUUGUAUUUAAGUUCUCACAAACGGCAUAAACUGCUUUCAUAGUACCUAAAACAAAAUCUGUUAAUCAUUUAAUUAAUUCUGAUAGAAUAUAAUAGUUUUAUAAAUAUUGAAUUGAGUUAAGUUCUUAUGUGUUUAUUAUUUUUAAAUUAUACAGCCGUCAAACAAUCACAAUUUUAUAAAAAAAAAUAUCUGGUGUAAUUUGAUUGAAUAUACACAUUGAGAUAAUGCUAGAUCUAACGCUAAUCGACACAAAUAUCUAUUUAAAUUAUAACAUUAAUUACAUUUAAAAAUAUUGUAUGCAUAUUUAUGGUAAUUUAUUAUUACGCUAACUAUGGCGUAUUCCAAAUGUGGCGUACCAUUUGUGACACUCCAAUUGUGGCGUACCAUUUGUGGCGUACCAAUUGUGGCGUUGCAAAAUUUGCUUAAUGCUACUAUGACAAGCAGUUUAUGAAGUAGGUGAAUCAUUGUUAUGAGACGUGCAAUAUCUUAGUGUAUUCCGUUCACUGUAACGCGACGAUCUGAUUGCAUUCUGAUCAUAACUUCUCACUUAUUCAACUUAAUCGUAAUCGGUCCAUAACUUUAAUGUACAUUAUGUAAUUUAUGUAAAUACGAGAUUAAUAUUACAUUGAUUAAGCUGAACUAGUUUUAUAUUAUUUGUAUAAAUGUAUAGUAAUUUUGUAGAUUAAAAUGUAAUUAUUAAGUAGGUGAAUUUUGAUUUGCCAAAAUAAUAUAUAUAUGUCAAUUCUUCCAUUGAAAGGGAUUAUAUUUUGUAAAGAUGCCAAUACUGGUUAACAGUUAAUAUAAAAUUGAAAAUAAAAAUUAUGAAUUAUAA